GAUCGCCAGAGCCAGGCAAACACCAGAAACGGACAAGCAAAGCCUGCUUGGUUUGCCGCGCAAGAAAGAGUAAAUGCACACUACGGAGAACCUCAACCACCAUGUUUGCGGUGCCGCAAAGAAAACAAGCAAUGUGUUAUCGGCAGCAGCAAUCGUGGAGGUAGGAGGGUCAGAAGGUCUACGAUAGCUUCACAACAAGCUCCGGGUCAAAAUCAGACCCAGGCUCAAGCGAGCGGUCAAUUUCAAAUCGAACCCGGUUUGCCAACUCAGAAGACGCCCUCGAAUGAUGAGGGACAAACAAUUUCCUGGAACUCAAGUGGGAUACCGAGUAAUCCAUAUUCGACGUCUUCACAACAUAACAUCACCGGUACGACUCCCUUGUCGGGCAACACUGGCGUCAGCAAUCUGGAUUUCGCAACUCAGCGUCAACUAUUCGAUCCGCAAAGUCUCGCAAUGGACAUCGAUCCUACUCUCGGAACCGCAACAGUAAACGAACAGAGAUCACACGAUCACAAUAAUGGGGAGUCUGCUCGUUCAUCGAGCUCUGAUAACAUACCUUUCAACGAAUUGCAAAAUCCUUCAGAUGCUUUGGACAUACUGGCCCAGAUUGCAAGUAACGACAACAACAACUCGGCUCGCCAGUCCACCUGGCAAGAAAAACAACCUCAACCUAGCCUUUGCACAAACUCUCUUUACUCGAACAGCUGGAACACUGAUGGCCUGGACUACCAUCUUGUGCGGUCCGGUGCUCUGUCGUCGACUAAAAUUUCGCAACUUAUUGAACGUUACCGUCAGCACUACCACCCUUACUUUUCGAUUGCUCCUCCUAGUACCCUAGACACCAACAACCUGUCAAAAACAGCCAAAGAGGAACCGCAUCUUUUGACCGCUAUGCUUGUUAUUGCUUCGAAGGAUCUAAUGGAGGAGCCACACAUCUUUACAGCAUGCUCAACACAUAUGCAGUCAUUGGUGUCUGCAUUAGUUGCUGGUGGACCUGGAGGGGUCGAAGCAGUCGAGAGCCUGCUACUGCUUGCCGAAUGGGCACCAUACACAUCAAGAAGCCGAGCAGGAAACGUCGGACGUGGAGAAGAAGAUCGCGAAGCCUGGAUGCAUGUUGGCACUGCUUUGCGCAUUGGCUACUAUCUGGGUCUGGACAAGUAUUCAUUUCCUGUGGCAGCGGACAUCAAAGACCCUCAGUGGAAGCGCAAGCGCCUAGUCUGGACUUGUUGCUACAUAUCGGACAGACAAAUCUCCAUCCGUAUAGGCCGUGCUUUCUGGAGUCGAGGGCCUGGGCCCGGCCUUGCUAUUCGGAAGGAAGACUAUCCUUACCAGCCCCAAAAUCCCGGAGAUGAAGACUUCCCAAAGCUGUUCCAGGCGACUCUGGAGUUGACGUUACUGUUCAGUAAUGUACACGACGUGCUGUAUAGUAGCCCUGGAAACAGCUUGCGGAACCAUUUGACAGGAGGAUACUACAUCAAGAUUGACUUUCGCAGCGCAUACUAUGGAUGGAAUGCUGUUUACGGUACCAUGACAUGUACGUUCGACCGUCCAAGCCACCUUGAUAAUUAUGUUGACAAGAUAAUAGGCUCACCGAAUCUCAAAGCGAUGCUGCUGAUGUCUUACGAUUACUUACGGCUUUAUACCAAUGCUUUUGCAUUUCAUGCUACGAUACGUCGUGCAUUGCCUGAGGGAGAAAAUGGCAAACCAUCCUUUAGUCGAGUUUUCUACAACAAUGUUGGUGCAGUUGGAGAUGCGCGAUUCAUCUAUGAAGGACUCGAUGCGGCAAAAAGCCUUCUCACCACGAUGAAUAAUUUUGUUGACGCAGAAAGGUAUCUA